AUGCUGAAGAAACUUGGACGAAAGAUAGAAAAAGCAAUUACAAAGACACCACCACCUCCACGUCCACGUCCACGUCAACCUCCACCACCUCCUCCUCCUCCUCCACCGCCACCUCCACCACCUCCACCUCCACCCCCUCCUCCUCCUCCUCCUCAUACUCCAUUUCUCUUCCCUCAAACUCACUCCGCUGUUCUCCCUGACCCUUCUAACUUCUUCUCCCCAAACCUUCUCUCAUCACCACUCCCUACAAACUCUUUUUUCCAAAACUAUGUUCUGAAAAAUGGGGACACACCUGAGUAUAUUCACCCUUACCUCAUCAAAUCCUCAAGCUCCUCCCUCUCUUUCUCCUACCCUUCUCGCAUCUCCAACUCUUCUUUCACAACCCAGGUUUUCAACCCUGAUAUCACCAUUUCUGCCUCUGAGAAAACCAACCCAGAUUCACAUGGGAAGCAUAUCAUCUCUUCCUUCAAUGAUCUCAGUGUCACUUUGGACAUUCCUUCUUCUAACCUGCGGUUCUUCCUUGUCAGGGGAAGCCCUUUUCUAACAGCAUCUGUGACUGGUCGCACACCACUUUCCAUCACCACCAUCCAUGCCAUCCUUUCAUUCUCAUCCAAUAACUCCCUCACCAAGCACACCAUGAAGCUCAACAAUGGCCAGACAUGGCUCAUAUUCACGUCCUCACCAAUCAGUUUGAAUAAUAGCCUUUCGGAGAUUACCUCUGAUGGCUUUUCUGGCAUAAUAAGGAUAGCACUGUUGCCUGAUUCUGACCCCAAGUAUGAGGUAAUCCUCAACCGCUUCAGUUCUUGUUACCCUGUCUCUGGGGAUGCAGCAUUCACAAAGCCAUUCUGUGUGGAGUAUAAAUGGGAAAAGAAAGGGUGGGGAGAGUUGCUAAUUCUUGCUGACCCUCUUCAUCUUCAACUUUUGUCUGCUAAUGAUUGUGAUGUAACUGUGCUGCAUGAUUUGAAGUAUAAAAGCAUUGAUGGGGAGCUUGUUGGUGUUGUUGGAGACUCAUGGCUGUUGAAAACAGAUCCUGUUUCUGUUACUUGGCAUUCCACCAGAGGUAUCAAAGAAGAAUUCCAUGAUGAAAUUUGUUCAGCACUUUCUGCUGAUGUGGAUGCUCUGAAUCCCUUAGGAAUGACAACAACAUCAUGCUAUUUUUAUGGGAAGAUGAUAGCAAGGGCAGCAAGGUUGGCAUUGGUUGCUGAAGAGGUGUCUUUUCUUGAUGCCAUACCAGCAAUUAGGAAGUUCUUGAAGGAGACCAUUGAGCCAUGGUUGAAUGGAACUUUUAAUGGAAAUGGUUUUCUCCAUGAUGGGAAAUGGGGAGGAAUUGUUACUGAACAAGGGUCUAUAGAUUCACUUGGAGAUUUUGGGUUUGGUAUUUAUAAUGAUCAUCAUUAUCAUUUAGGAUACUUCAUAUAUGCAAUUGCAGUGCUUGCUAAGAUUGACCCAGCCUGGGGAAGGAAGUAUAAGCCUCAAGCCUAUUCACUUAUGGCAGAUUUCAUGAACUUGGGAAGAAGAUCAAACUCUAAUUAUACACGUUUGAGGUGUUUUGAUCUUUAUAAAUUGCACUCUUGGGCUGGAGGGCUAACUGAAUUUGCAGAUGGAAGAAAUCAAGAGAGCACUAGUGAAGCUGUUAAUGCAUAUUAUUCUGCAGCAUUGAUGGGUUUGGCAUAUGGUGACACACAACUUGUUGCCACAGGAUCAACACUUGCAGCAUUGGAAAUUCAUGCAGCUCAAAUGUGGUGGCAUGUAAGAGAGGGAGAUAAACUUUAUGGGGAAGAUUUUACAAAAGAGAAUAGGGUGGUGAGUGUUGUGUGGGCUAACAAGAGAGAUAGUGGACUAUGGUUUGCUCCUGCACAAUGGAGAGAGUGUAGGCUUGGUAUUCAGGUUUUACCCUUGUUGCCUAUUACUGAGGCCUUGUUCUCUGAUAUUGGUUAUGUGAAGGAGCUUGUGGAAUGGACAUUGCCCAAUUUGAACAGGAAAGGUGUUGGAGAAGGGUGGAAAGGGUUUAUUUAUGCUAUGGUAGGAACUUAUGAUAAAGAAACUGCAUUGCAAAAGUUGAGAAGCUUGAAAGGUUUUGAUGAUGGGAACUCAAUGAGUAAUCUGUUAUGGUGGAUUUACAGCAGAGGUGAUGUGGAGGAGGAAUUUGGUCAUGGAAAACACUGCUGGUUUGGUCAUUAUUGUCAUUAAAGUGCUGUUAAGUAUCUUGAUAUAUUAAGAAGGUGAAAACAAUGGGGGCUACUCAUGUUAAUGUUUGUAAUUAGUGUCAUUGAAAUAUAUU